AUGACGAAGGUCUUUGAAUGCCUGGGAAUCAAGGGGUCAAAGUACAUCUUCAACCAGGCGGAUCAAAACAAGGAUGGCGUCAUCCGAGUACAUGAAUUUAUCUCAUGGCUCACCAAACAAGAUCCCAAGUGCAUUCUUUCAGAAGAUGUGACGGAUGGCAAAGGUAGUAUUUCAGCCACCGUCACGAACACUAAUCUCACGGUGAAGAAGAAGUUCUACUUUGAGUUUACGCGAUGCGAAAACAUCGAAUUUUCAGAGGGCAAGACCGUGACAGUUGGUUUGGAACCCGGUGAGCAGAGAACAGUGAAGUUGCUUACAGUGACCGGACAGCCAUACCACUACUCUCAUGAAGUCGCCUGCCGCUCUGAAUAUGCUGGACUCGAAGACGAUCCCAACGCCUUCAAAGAUCCAGACUUUCCUCACGAUGGCAGCAGCACGUGCGGGCAUAGCAAGGAAUACCUUGCAGAUGUGUGGGUCAGAGCUCGCAUGCUUGGCGAUCCACAGGAAUCGGUACUCUUCGACCAGAUACGCCCCCAAGACGUGAAGCAAGGGCAGGUCGGAGAUUGCUGGUUGAUGGCCGCCAUUGCCUCUGCGGCGAGUCACCCUGAAUUGGUCAAGAAACUCUUCACCACCAGGCAUUUGACCGACGAUGGCAAGUAUACCAUUUCGCUGUAUGAUGCUGGGGCCCAGAAAUGGACUCCGGUCGUGAUUGAUGAAUUUCUCCCAUGCAGACUGCAAAAUGGAAAGCCAGUCCCUCUCUUCGCAAAGCCCAUGGGCGAAGAACUAUGGGCAGUUUUGCUCGAGAAAGCCUUUGCCAAAUUCUGCUACGGCUGGGGCAAGAUGCAAGGAGGUGAUUCGUGGUUUGCCUUGCAGGCGAUGAGUGGCUUCAAAAGCUUUGUGGGAUGGACUGCGCGUGACCAGAAGUGGAAGAAGAAGACCUUGAAAGAAGACUGGGCCCAUGGCAAGACUGAGAAUGCCCGCGGGAGGAAGAUCAACUACAAGUGUGUCUUGGUCAGCAAUGGUUCGCAUUGACGUCCCCUAAUCCAAUGGAAAACUCUGCUCAUGACUUGGAGUCAAAGCAUCCACCCGAGAGUCAAAGCAUCCACCCGACAUGAGUUCAGGGCUUCCCAGUCGUGGCUUUCUGCCAUCGGGCCCCAGCUUGGCGCUCUAAGAGGCAAGCGUGCCAAGCUGGGUGGAUUUCAUCCAAUGACUCCCUGGCUCCCUUUGCCCAGCUGACUUUGUGUCAAGGUUAUAACUUUGACUACGAGCAGACUCCCAAGGUCUGAAGUCGUGGUCGGCGCUUAGCCUAGCUGCCAUGAAAAGCAAUGAAAAGCCAAUCCCCUCCAACAACGUAUCAUUGCAC